GUCAUAUUCAUUUCAUGCUUUAAACCGAAACAAGAAACGAAGGGUGAAUACAUGUGUCUUCAUUUUUUAUCAUUUUGCUGAAAAAGAGAACAUUAAAAGAAGCCUGCGUGUGGGGAACGACUUUAGACGCAAGCCAUCUAUAUAAAUACAAAGAAAAUAAGAUUUAAACAAAGAGACGCAAUCGAUUUAUACACAAGCUCUACGAGUACAAAUCAUCAAAACGCCAUGUCUCUAGAUAGCUUACUGCUCUCCAUAUUUCAAUUUUUUACAAACAAAGCCCGAGAUGCUGCAGCAGACAGGCUAGAAAACGGUGACGUUGGUAAUGAAGGAUUUCGCGAACUUAUCAAGCGAGAUUUACAUGACAUCAAAAGAAAGCUAGAUAAUCUUUCGAAAAUAGACCUUUCCUCCAGUUUGAACUACUUGGAGGAAGGAUUUCGUCUAAUUUUUAAUUCCAUUGACAAAGUAGAAAAAGAUAGAGAAUGUGAAGAAGCAAGUAAUAAUGAUGAGUCUCAAGCAACUUGUACUGCCAUCACCCCCCAGUAUGAUCUUUCCCGUGCAAUAAAACAUUCAAAGGUUUUUGAAAUGGCAAAGGAUCGAUUUAAAAAAUCCCGUGAGAAAGCAACGGAUGUUUUCAACAACAAAAAUUUAAGCUUGGAGGAUAGAAUUUUUGCCAUUUUUGUUAAGAUCUUGGCACAAAUUUUUGAAUGUCCGGAGCAUCAGGAGAUUGUCAUUGAUUUAUGUUUAUCUUAUAUAAAAAAACUGCAUGUAUUGGACGGUGUUCGUCAAAUGUUCUCUGUUUUUAUCGGUGGUGGCAUGAGAGCAAUGUUCGGAAAAUCUCAGAGAAUGGAAAACAUGAAGUCUGUCAUUUUUCUCAACCAUCAUUUAUAUCAGUUGAUUGCAAGGAUCAACAACAAUCAUGAUCAUUUAUCAACUUGGCCAAGUAUAGAACUUGGAGACGGAAAAAUGUUUAAUCCAAUACAGGACUGGCGCAAGGAAUUCGUUGUCGAGUCUUGGGAUAAAAAUUUGAUUGAAUCUUCCCAAGAAAUGGAAAAAAUGAAAACCAUGUUUGAACUUUUGGACAAGAUGACUAUAAAUGAACAUUUUGCUCCAACAUUGACAUCACCAGUUGAAUUAGUUAUGGAUGUAUUAAGAAGUGAUAUUUUGGUUGCUGAAGGUUACAGAGUUGAAAUAUUUUCAUGGAAGGAGAAGAAAUGGUUUGAGAUUGCAUUAAUGAAAAAUGCACACAUGGGUGCUUCAUCAUUUAUUUAUAAUGAUAAUUUAUUUGUUUUUGGAGGAUGGGGCUGCAAGUCAAUGGAGACAUUGAAUAUAAAACAGUUUCCUUUGACAUGGAAGAUAUUUGCCACAGAGUUUCCUUAUGAAUGUAGUGGUCAUCAAACUGUUGUUUGUAAACAACAAAUCUUUCUCAUUGGAGGACGCAGUGGUCAGUUGAUCAGUGAAAUAAAGAUUACUGGCACAACAUCUCACGUUUUAAAAGAGUUGUGUAGUAUGCCUGAACCACGUUGGUGCCAUGGAGCUGUUGUUGUUGAUGAUAAAGUUCUUAUUUUUGGAGGACAGGGAAAAGAUGGCAAAGUUUUGUCCAGUGUUUUGGAGUUUGAUCCAAGGACUCUUACAUUUAAGGAAAUGCCUCCAUUACCUCAUCCAUUGACUGAAAUGGCAACAGUUCAAUGGAAAGAUCAAGUUCUUCUUCUUGGAGGUUCUGAUGAUGGAUACAAAUGUUUUAACAGUGUUAUGAUGUAUGACAUCAAAACAGGUAAGAUUACAGUCUUACCAUCCAUGUUGGAAAAGAGAUAUAGAUGUUGUGCAGUUAUAACUGGUGAUACAAUUGCUGUCAUGGGAGGUCUGAAUGAUAAAUAUGAAGAACUUAAAUCAGUGGAGUGUUGCGAAAUGGGAAGUAGUUCUUUAUGGACAUAUCUUCCUUCAAUGAAUUGCACACGAUUGGAAGCCAUUGCUGAAGUUUUACCUUUUGGACAAAAGUAUGUCUAAGACAUGAAAUUUCAUUAAGUUAUGGAACGUUAUAACUCAUCAAUGUUCGUUUGGACUACAUUGGAUGAUAAAUUUGUAAAAUUUAAAGUGUAUAGUUCAAAAGUUCAUAUAAUCAUUAACUAUUUUGAUAAAUUUCUGAAAUAGGUGAAUGGCUUUUGUAUCUAAAUAAUUUUGAGUUUUUGGAGCAUAGUUUAUACCUUUUUUCUUGUCCUUUUUUCAUUGCAGUUUAUUGAACAAUAAAAUACAAGUUUUCCAUGGUAAAAA